GGCUCUACUAAUAAGUCUGUCUAUUCAAAGUAAGACGCUCGUGAAUCGUUAAUAAAAAUAAUAAUAGUACUGGCAUCAUUGUGCAAAACCAUAUUACUUUUUUAAAUAUAAAAGCGUUUUAAGAAUAGCCUUCCAUAUUGGCUGACUGAUAUUUCUGUUGCAACAUGGUUCAUGGCACUGGCCAAAAGCCCUUUUCCCCCGAUCUCAAUCGGGGGAAGUGGGAAAGACCUACGGACUAUAUAUUUGCUUGCUUUGGAUUAGCUCUAAAGUUGGAUUUCUUUGAUUUUUCAUAUGGUUUGCACUUCGAAUUGGGCGUUCUUGGAGUAUUAAUAUACUUUGUGUAUAUGGUAAUUUAUUUGGCUCCAAUCAUAUUCGUUCAUUCCUUCAUUGGCCAGUUCUCCAGCAGCGGCUUUAUCUCUGCUUUUCGCCUGUCGCCUUUUUUCAAAGGCAUGGGAUACGUCAGCGUUUUUCUAAGUAUCUCAAUGCUCAUUUACUAUAGCGCUUACGCUGCUAUUCCGCUUUUGUUUAUAAUAAACUCUUUGCGACCCACUCUACCUUGGAGUUGUGAAGGCUUAAAAUCUUGGUUUAAUGAGACCUCUGGACGAUUGACAGUAGGAAAUUUGUGUAAACAAACCUUAUUCAAAAAUUAUCAAUUUUCUUUUUUCGUAAAGAUAUGUAAUGGGACAAAUAAUGGGGUGUACUCAAGAAUUCAAAACUGCACAGAUAAGAUGGAACUUAAUGUACCUUCCGUGCUUUACUUUUUCCAUCAAUAUGAACGUUUGCGAGAUAACGGAAAUGCAAAUACUAAGGAUGAAUAUGAACUAUCCUGGAAUUUUGUUAGCCUCUUCGCUCUAGUUUGGGCCGUGAUCGCAUUCGUUUUUUAUAAAUUUCCGGAGACGGCGAAGUUUGGAAAAUUUAUACGCUACAUGGUCAUUGGGACACUGAUUCUUCUUUUAGUGUGCUUCGUGCGCUUCCUCUUUCUUCCAGGAGGUCUUUCGUGGAUGGACAGAUAUGCAACUCCAAAAUCAAGUGAUUGGUUCGAAAGUUUCUAUUCAACAUUUCUCAUUGCUAUGCAGGCGUUUGGAGCUGGCUGGGGCAGUGUGAUAGCCCUGUCCAGUUUUAAUGGGUUCAAAACCGACAUAAUGUCGUACAGUUGGAUUAUUUCCUUUGGGCAAAUCUUUAUUUACAUUAUGUUUGGCUUGGUUUCCUUCAUGGUGGAACACUAUUUCACAGAGCUUUCUGAAGCUUCAGAUAAAAUAAGAGUAGUCAACCUUUGGGGGAUGAUUUUGUCUAGUGCCAGUGCUUUGUCCACCUUGAGCUGGCCAAACUUGUGGACUAUCAUUUACUAUACUACGUUAUUAAUGGCUGCUGUCAUUUUGAUGACGACGCAAAUAUUCACCGUCUUACAAAGUUUGUUUGAUGAGUUUGAAGAACUUAGAGUGAGAAAACGGGAGGUUACGUUUGGCUUUAUUGGUGGGCUUGCACUCUGUUCCAUUUUUGUGUGCACAAAUCAUGGUAUCGUUUUCUUUUUUACUUUCUUAGCUGAUUCCAUUUUCUCAAAUUGUUUGCUCCAUUUACUACUUCUUUUGGUUGUUUUGUGGAUAUACGGCCGAAAACGUUUCCAGCGGGAUAUUAAAUUCAUGUUGGGACAACCGUAUUCCUCCUGGAAGAUUUUCAUACUCGGCUUCAUAGCUCCAAUGUGUUUUGUAAUUUGUCUGCCCAUUGGAAUUGAUUGGUCCUUACAUAAUCACUCUUGGGUCUCACUAGAAUUCCACGUGAUGAGCAUUAUUGUGCUGUGGUUACCCAUUCUGGCAAUACCUGGAAUCGGACUUUACUACCUUUCCCAAAGCACUGGAACAUUCUACGAUCGCUUCAGACGCACCUGUCGACCCACUGAAUGGUAUCCGGUUGAGAUGGAGCACCACCAGAAGUACGAAGAAGUUGUUGGAAACACUGAGAUGACCCACCAACUUUUAGGGGUUUCCGAGGAUGUAAACUAAGUAGUAAUACAAUAGUACAAGAUAUAGAAAAUAUAUUUAGCCCAAGGACUAAGUAGCGACAAAGUCAUAACCAUGUUGCUUUAGUUUUAAACUUUAGGGAAACAGUAUGUAAAUAAAAAAAAUAUAAAAAUGUGUUUAGAUAUGAACAAUAUUUAUU